GCACUAUCUAUCUUCCGCGAAAGUACAGAGGCACUGUAAGAAGAUCCCAAUUCCCAAAGUAGUUCGUGGAAGAAGCUUUCUGCUCGACAUUGGAAUGCUAAAGGGAGCCAAGCAAAGCCCAGAAAAUCUCGAAACCAGAGGGUAGUAAUGGGGUUCACUAUGGGUCUGAAUAUGGUUCUUCUGUUGGCUAUGGUAGCCACCAACAUCCUCUCUCUCUACCAUCUCUCCUCCAACAUCCAAUCUAAGUCCCCUGCCCCAGCAGUCACUCCGGUGCCUGACCACCUCCUCCGCCAGCUCCAGACCAUACGCGCCACCAUCAACCACCUCACCUCUCUCCACCCGCCCACUCCUCCAUCCUCCAACAAGAAAGCUUCCCCUGCCAUUCCCUCCGAUCUUCUCCUCUACGCCCAUAUGUCUCCCAUAGCUUCUGCUUGCAAAGACUACCCUGAUUUGCUCCACCAGUACAUGAAUUACACCCCCUUCCACCUCUGCCCCUCUGAUUCUUCAAUCUCCGAGUCUUUGAUUCUCCGCGGGUGCCACCCUCUUCCUCGCCGGCGAUGCUUCUCCCGGACCACCGCAGUGACUCCCACCUCCCUCCCGAAAAACCCGUUUUCCGGUUUGCCGGACAAUGCUGUCAUUUGGAAGAACUACGACUGCAAGAGCUUCAGCUGCUUGUCCAAGUCGAACCCUGGAUUAGGAUUUGAUAUGAAAUUGGAGCAAUCGAAGUUCUUAUCGGCCAAAUCAGAUCUGGAUCUGUCAAUUCCACAACUACUCCAGAUCGCUAAGUCUGCGAAGAGUGUGAUUAGGCUGGGGCUGGACAUAGGCGGCGGGACAGGCACCUUUGCGGCCCAAAUGAAGCUUCAAAAUGCCACGGUGGUGACGACCACCAUGAAUCUCGGAGCACCCUACAAUGAGGCGGUGGCACUGAGGGGGAUGGUCCCACUGCACGUGCCGCUGCAGCAAAGGCUGCCGGUGUUUGAUGGAGUGAUGGAUGUAGUGAGGUGUGGGCACGCCGUGAACAGGUGGAUUCCGGUGACUAUGAUGGAAUUCUUGUUCUAUGAUGUGGAUAGGGUGUUGAGAGGUGGUGGGUACUUGUGGUUGGACCAUUUCUUCAGUAAAAGAUUGGAUCUUGAGAAGAUAUAUCGGCCUAUGAUCUGGAAGUUAGGGUACAAGAAGGUGAAGUGGGCUGUGGCAAAUAAGACUGAUUCAAGUGGUGUGAAGAACCAGGAGGUGUAUUUGACAGCCCUUCUUCAGAAGCCGGUGUCGAGAUGAGACGUAAAUGUUGAGGGGCUACUACUAUCACUGGCUACUGCAAUGACAAAACUCAUUCCCUCUCAAUGUUCAUUCAGUCUAUCACGGAGUUUCUUUCCUGUCGAUUUUGAAGACCACUACUGUCUUAAUUUGGCACCGAAUUUAGGUGAAUUUCGCAGUUGCGGCUGAUAGAAGGGUGUUUCAGAUUGAAAAAAAAAACAGGGUGUUUCAGAUUAGUGAAUGGAGGGGAAAAGUACUGCGUGUUAGAGGCAUCCAAUCUCCUUUCUUCAUUUUAAGUUUUUCACGAGAGGGAAGGGGGUGUGAGCUGUUCUUCACCAGAAGUAGGCCUGGCCUCGGGCCGGUUCGGGCCCGGUUCGGGCCUGGGCCCGGCCGGGCCUCGGUUCGGUAAUGUAAGGCCCGGGCCCGGCCCGCCUGUGAGCGGGUGACGGUUCGGGCCGGGUGACCCGGCCGGGCCCCGGGUCGGGUGAACCGGCGGGUCGGGUCGGGCCUAGAAUUUUUUUUUUUUUUUUAUCUUAUAUUCUUAUACAUCUACUUGGAAUCUUGAAUAUUAAAAUUAUUUAAAAACAAUCUUGAAGUACAUUUAUGUGAAAUAAGUAAUAA